UAUAUCUGCUGACUCAUUAUUCAUCGUCAUAUUUAACUGCUUCACCGAGCUCUUUGUCACAAACAUUACUUACCGGAUAAGAAACUUUUUCUAAGGGAAAUAACUUGAACCAGCUCAUUACAGGAAAACUGGUGACUCAUUCCUUGACGGAAAAUUUAUACUCUGAUCACCGAGCCCCUAAUACAAACACUGUGUACAAGAAGAGAAAAAGACACCUAGGGACACAUACGAACAGAGUACUGGGAAACUGGUUUGGUUUAUUAAGAAUCAGGCGUCCAUCAGCCGCGUAAUAGCUUCAUGGCAAAAGCUUGUGGUUAGCACGUUUCGCACUCUGACAAAAAUAUAUAGUCCAGAGCGAGCUCGUCGAAAUCUUGGCCAAACCGCACUGGAAUAAUGUUACGAGUUCUGAUGUUGCAAGUUGCGGUGUCCAUGUUGACUUACCAAACAACUAACGCGGAAAGAAAUUUCUCUCGCAACCCUCAACAGCGGUUGUUGGACGAUUUACUUGCGGGCUAUGACAGAGAUGGGCACCCAGGUGGCGGACAACGAGUCAAAGUGGAUGUAGGCGCGAAAGUUGUACGGAUUGUCAACAUUGACGAGAAGAACAAUGCUUUGCAGGCUCAAUGGUGGAUGAAACAGGACUGGAACAAUCCUGACCUCAGAUGGAAUCCAGACGACUAUGAUGGAUUACAAACGGUUUAUGUGGUUCCAUCAAAGGUGUGGGUACCAGAUGUUUUGUUGUACAACAACGCUGACAAAGAAAUGGAUGCUGCUGGUGCACUGGAGAAAUACAAAACCAAAAUUUCCCUGUCCUAUGAUGGAAACAACUCGUGGAUGGCGCCAGCUAUGUUCCAGAGCAUUUGCAAAAUCGAUAUCAAGUAUUUUCCUUUCGAUGAGCAACACUGUCAAAUGAAAUUUGCUUCCUGGGCUUAUGACGUCUCAAAGCUUGACGUUUACGUCAAUCCUAAAGAGACAGGUCUACAGAAAGGGAUUUACCAGCCGUCCAAUGAGUGGCACCUCGUUAGUGUCGAUGCAGUGAGGAAUGAGGUAAAGUAUACAUGCUGUCCUCAUCCUUAUUCCGAAGUGUUGCUUACACUAAAUCUACAACGUCACUCAAGAUAUUACGUCAUCAACCUGGUGUUUCCGUGCGCACUGAUUGCCUGUAUGGUGUUUUUAACGUUCGUGUUGCCUCCAGAAUGUGGGGAGAGGAUUUCACUAUGUAUCACUGUUCUCAUGGCCAUGACAAUCUUCCAGGAACUUACAUCGGAGAAACUACCACCCAGCUCAGAUGCAUUCUUUUUGAUCGGCACUUACUACACCGUCGCCAUCUUCGAAAUCGGUUUAGCGAUAGCAGCCACUUGUCUCGUUCUUAACUUCUACUACAGCAAAACAAAGAUGCCCGGCUGGUUAAAAACGAUUCUUCUCAGGACUCUGGCGCCCCUUGUCAGAGUAAAGGUCAAGAGAAGACGGCUUUCAGUCAAAGAGAGUCUGCGGUCAACAGACGGCGGGCAUGCGCUCGAUACAAUUCACAACCCAACGUUUGAAACUUUUAACCACUCGGACAAUGGCCUGGCUCUGACCUGGGUUGGGGAUGUAUUUGAACAAAAUUCAAGUGUUUCUGUAAUGUCUGUGAACUUGAGGAAAGAUAGCGUCGUCGAUGAAGAGAUGGACUCCAAACAGAACAUCAACAACUGCGGGAAGAACUGCAACGGUAUUUCUGGCAAAGGCAACCAUUCCGUCAAACUCAAAGAAAAACUUGGUCAGGAAAAAGAAAGCACACACGAAAUAAUGGAACCAACUUUGCAUCAAAUAAUUGAAUGGCAAGAUGAGUGGAGAGCGGCGUCGCAAGUGUUGGACAGACUCAUAAUUAUUUCCUCUGUGAUUAUCGGGUGUGUUUCUGCUGCUGUUAUUUUCCUGCAAGCUCCAAGAGUGAGGCAAAUGCUGUCUUUUUCAUAGAAAAGAGGCACCAGUAAGAAGUAUGUGAGAACAAAUCCAGCAUAUAUGACAAUGCAUAUUCUCCCUACUUUUCGGUGCGAUAAUGUGGGGAUAUUGUGAGGAAAGGACAACAACGUUCGAUCCUGGAGAAAAAAAACAAAAGGCUUCCCUGAAUUUCAGCUUUGUGUGUGAGCGGCAACAAAAAGUACGAUGGCCCACAACUGUCACGGCAAAAGAAAUAACCUCGCGGCAAAAGAGAAAGACUCGCGACAAAAGGAGGAACCUCACCGCAGAAAGGAAAAGAUUCACGGCAAAAGAAAAAACCUCACGGCCAAGACUCACCACCGUGAGUCUUUUCCUUUUGCCGUGGGGUUUUUUCCGCGAGGUUACUUCUUUUGCCGUGACAGUUGUGAGCCACCGUAAAAACGUAAUAACUUGGUUAAAAAAACAUAUAUUACAAAGGUUUCAAGUCUGAAAUCUUCAUUUAAGGGACAGCAUCAAUACAUAACAGGUGGGAAAGAAAAACAAUUUUAUCGAAGAGUGAGACGCUAACUUUCAUAUACAUUCCCGUCUAACAAUAUUGUAAGGUACCAAAGCCCAAAAUUGUGACAAACCAGAACACGGUACUGUUAAAUAUUUUUAACUGCUAUUUUCAUUAGUGUUCACCUAGAUAUCUUUCAAAUAUGCAUGUAAUGCAGUUUUUACUACACACGUGUGACUCUCCGAGAGGAGAGUGACGCUUAAUCUUUAAAAAUCAAGUGGUAAUGACCGAGAGAAAAUUGAAGGAGAGAGAAGAACACUCUGGAAGUUUACAAAGGAUAUCCAUGACACCUAAAUUAUCAUUUAGUUUUAGACGGAAAUGGAAAGAUGCAUUCUCAGACGUCAGCAUUGUAAUUUCUCGCUCCAUAGAAACCAUUCCCCCCUCUUAAUCAAAAUCGUUUUCAGCAACAAAACCGAUUACAGCGCUUUCCACCAUCAAAUUGCUUCCACUCAGGAACCCUUGAUGCGGACCUCUCGGAAUACAGGUUUCCAUUUUGGAGGUUAAAUCUAGUUAUAAUUUUAAUGGAAUUGAUACAUUGUAAGGCCUGGACUGGGAAUCUUUCUCUCUGUUCUUCCAUUUUCUCUUGUUCUGGAGUGUGGAAAUAGUAAAUGAUAAACAUUGCGACAACAACAAUAAACGACUUUUGUUCUUUA